CGCAGGUGAGCCAGAUGAGCCUGGGCCGGUACGUGACGGCGUCCGCGCUGGGCCUAGUGCCGACGCAGGUCAUCAACGUCUACCUGGGGACCACGGUGCGCUCCAUGGAGGCAGUGCUCGACGACGACGCCACCGCGGCCACCGGUUACGCCGUGCUCCUAGCUCAGGUCGUGCUGAGCGUGGUGCUCAUGAGCCUGAUCGUGCGCAAGGCCCGCCAGGAGCUGCGCGACACCGUCCUGUCGUCGGGUUGUUCGUCGCGGGCCUCCCUGGACACCGCCUUCUGUCCGCACUUCCCCUGGGUGCCUGUCGCGCCGAUGCAGACCGCGUGGGCGCGGCCAGUCGUCUGACCUCCAAGCACACGCUUGCCUUUGCCGCGACGCAUUGUUUCUUUUUUCUUUUUUCCACGACCGACGGGCGUCAAUUUCCGAGUGAUACCGAGGUAGAUGCACUCACAGACACCGCUGCACGUUUGGCAGAGUUCAGUGACUCCUUCGAACGGGGGUGUAUUAAAUGUCGAGAACCGUGCAUCAAUGCACAAUACCCCGCCUUGUGACGGGAGAGACGCACUUACGAUGUCAGGGCAGCCCAGUCUAGCCUGUCCCGGACGGGAGCUCUGCUGGCACCUUGUCGACGUGUAUACGUACUAAAUAUAUUUGUAAGGUUGGGACGCAGAUAGUAACACGACAGUGAAAGUGUGACUCCUCUUUCGGCACUCAAAACAACUGGGCAACGUCUGUGCCAUAUAACACGUCGCCCAUGGUUACUUGGUAUACCAGUAUUUUAUACAAGGCGCAGUAAGGAAGGUGCGCAGUAACUGCCUUCUGAAAAUAAUAAAAAAGAAGACUGCCUACAAUCACGUGCCUACAUAAACGACGGCUGGUAGCUGAGGAACGAAAAAACGGAUGCAAUUAAGUAAUUGACAUGUUCACAAACUUUCUAGUACAUCACAACAUUAGGGUUGGCGAACGUCAACGUUGUUUUUUAAAAAAAUUUGGGUUCCGUAGCAUAUGAUACCUCUUGAUAUUGCCUAUGCAUUUAUUUUGCCCUGUAGGACACUGCCAAGUGCCCCGAUCAUUGCUAUACCUGUCGCUGUCGCGAAACUCGGGUCUGUUUGUUCUUUCUUGUUGAUGCGUACUUAGGUCUGUACGACGUUGCUUCCAAUAUUAUGCCUGAAAAUAUAUAAGCUUCGUAACGACUCUCCUCUACGUGUUCAUCUUCACUGACUCCAAGGAGAAACGUGUGACUCAUUUGAAGUUCUGUGGCGCAGACAAAUGACAACACGAAGAGUAUGCAUUAAAGAUCUCUAUUGCACUGGA